ACUCCUAAGAAAAUGGCGGGACCUCUUCAACAAACCAAACAAAUCCGCCAUUAACGCUUUCUCCAGCUCUCAACAUUUCCUUCUCCUCUCCUUCUCUCUCUCGCUCUCUCUCCCUCCCUGUGAUUUCCGCAUCAGAUUUCAUUCCUCCACUUUCCCCUGCCCUCUCCCAUGGGACGUUAAUGACCUAAUCGCCAAAUCCCACAAGUACUAACCUCCCAUGGGAAGCUGCGUUUCCGUGCAAGCCAGAGCAGCGUCCUUCGCCAAGAGGAGCAGAGACGUCAGGCCUCUUCCAGAUCAUGCGCUCAUCGAAUCGGUUCGCAAGUCCUCCGUCCGCCUCGCGGCUUCGAUUCUCUCCGAUGAGUCCACCGGCGACAACAUUUUCGAGAAAUACCGCUUCGGGAAGGAGCUCGGCCGCGGGGAGUUCGGGAUUACGCACCAGUGCUUUGACAUUGAGACCGGCGAUACCUUCGCCUGCAAGACCAUUUCCAAGAGCAAGUUGAGGUCGGAGAUCAACGUCGAGGAUGUGCGGAGAGAGGUGGCGAUUAUGCGAAAUUUGCCCAAGCAUCCCAACAUUGUCGCCUUCAAGGAGGCCUUUGAGGAUAAUGAAGCGGUUUAUUUCGUUAUGGAGCUUUGCGAGGGCGGCGAGCUCUUCGAUAGGAUUGUCUCCAAGGGGCACUACACUGAGCGUGCGGCUGCCGACGUAACCAAGACCAUUAUCGAGAUUUGCAAGGUAUGCCAUGAAAAUGGAGUAAUCCAUAGGGAUUUGAAACCCGAGAACUUCUUGUUCGCAGAUGAAAGUGAAAAUUCUCGACUGAAGGCAAUUGAUUUUGGUCUUUCCAUAUUUUUUGAACCUGAUCAGAGAUUCAGUGAAAUUGUUGGAAGUCCGUAUUACAUGGCACCAGAGGUCCUGAGACGCAGUUAUGGACCUGAAAUUGAUGUUUGGAGCGCUGGGGUCAUUCUCUACAUUUUACUUUGUGGAGUUCCUCCUUUCUGGGCAGAAUCUGAGGAAGGCAUUGCUCAUGCUAUUGUUCGGGGUGAUAUAGAUUUUGAGAGGGACCCUUGGCCCAAGGUCUCCAAGGAAGCAAAAGAACUUGUGAUGGGGAUGCUUGAUCCAAAUCCUUAUAGCCGGAUGUCUGUUGAAGAAGUACUUGAACAUCCUUGGAUACAAAACAAAAACCAGGCUCGUAAUGUCUCCCUGGGAGAAAAUGUCGGCUUAAGGAUUAAGCAAUUCACUGUGAUGAAUAAGUUCAAGAAGAAAGUACUUAGAGUUGUGGCUGACCACUUGUCAGAUGAGCAAAUGGAUGGGAUCAGACGAAUGUUCCAUAUGAUGGACACUGAUAAAAAUGGAGACUUGACUUUUGAAGAGUUGAAGAAUGGUCUGCAUAUGAUUGGACAUUCUCUUCCUGACCCUGAUGUACGGAUGUUGAUGGAUGCUGCGGACAUGGAUGGAAAUGGAACACUAAGCUGCGAGGAGUUCGCAACAAUGUCCAUCCACCUCAGAAAGCUGAGCACUGAUGAGCUCCUGACUCAAGCUUUCAGUUACUUUGACAAAGACAAAAACGGGUACAUUGAAUAUGAUGAACUGAGAGAAGCCUUAAUGGAUGACAAUGAGAAGGUGAUCCAAGAAAUCAUUUCUGAUGUUGACUCAGAUAAGGAUGGUCGAAUCAGUUACAAUGAGUUCAAAGCCAUGCUAACCACAGGGUUGGAUUGGAAGAUGGCUUCGCGGCAGUACUCGAGAGCAAUGCUUCAUGCGCUUAGCCGCAAAUUGUUCAAAGACAAAUCUGUGGCAGUGCAAAACUAACAGUUUAAUUCUGGGUUCAACAAAGGAGUCAUCAUUUCAGAUUGGAAGGAAGUGGAUUGAUUUGUGUACCCUCAAUUUUCCUCCUUACAAAUGAUCUUUUUUUUUUUUUGGUUAAAGUAUUAUUGUGACAAAAUCUUUCCUUCUCAUUCAUCCCAUUUAAGAAGAAAACGGGGAAAGAAAAAGAAAUAGGAUAAAUGAAUGGUCUUGAUAUAAAUUUGUAGUGCUUGAAAAUCCAGUUUCUGAGAAAGACCUUGUUAUGAAAAAUCCAUUUUUUGGGUCU